UCCACCGCUCUGGAAACCUCCCCCCUCCACUGUCUUUACUGUGACUCUUUCUGGAUCCUUUCUCUCCUUUUUGGCAACUGAAAGUUCUAGAGUGUUAGGAAGGUGGCGUAAGUCGUCUUUUAAGUUCCUGUGGCCAACCAGGAGAGGAACACGACUGACCGUUCCAGGACUGAGAACUAUAGAGUGGCUGUAGAACCGGAGGAAUACCUACUGGUCAGAGCACUAUGGCUUUACUGUGCUAUAACAGAGGUUGCGGGGGCAGGUUUGAUGAAGACACAAACUCAGAUGAUGCAUGCCAUUACCACCCAGGAGUGCCGAUCUUCCACGAUGCUCUGAAGGGUUGGUCCUGCUGUAGCAAGAGAACAACAGACUUUUCUGAGUUUCUCUCGAUUAAGGGUUGUGCCCACGGGCGCCACAGCAACACGAAGCCCGAGGAUGCGCUGAGACCGGAGGUUAGGACUGAUAAAGGUGACAUGAAGCUCCACAGCAAUGAGGAGAUCAUCUACAAGGGCCCCAAAUCUGCUGAGGCCAUGGAGAAGCAGAGACCCAGCUCAGAUGAGCCCAAGGUCAAACUGAAAGUGAAGGUGUCUCCUGCGCUGACCCAAGUGCUGGACAAAAUGGAAGCCAGUGAAAGACAAAAGGAGGAGCAGAUUGAGAGCCAAGUCGUCUUCAUCGGGACGAAGUGCAAGAACACAGGUUGCAAAACUCUUUAUCAGGGCCCAGGGACAGAUGCUGAAAUUUGUACAUACCACCCCGGAGCUCCAGUCUUCCAUGAGGGAUACAAGUACUGGAGCUGCUGCUGCAUUAAGACGGAUGACUUUAAUGCUUUCCUCGACCAAAAGGGCUGUACCACGGGCAAGCACUGCUGGAUCCAGAAACAGGAUAAGAAGAAGGUGGCGUGUCGGCAUGACUGGCACCAGACAGGCACCCAGGUGGUGGUCACCAUCUAUGCCAAAAACGCCAAUCCCAAGCAUUCCUACGUGGAGGCCAAUUGUACAGUGCUGACAUGUCACAUUCAGUUUGAGAACAACAAGGAAUUGCACAAGGAAAUACAUUUGUGGGGGGUCAUUGACCCCAACUGCAGCUUCGUCAGCAUGGUGCCCACCAAAGUGGAGAUGACCCUGAGGAAGUCCGACGCCGUGGCCUGGGCCAAACUGGAGGACCCCAAACACAAGCCCGAGCCAGAGGUCAGCGAUGAGCCUGCCGGCACGGAGGAGGCCAACGCCCCCCCACCGUGGGACAUCUCAGACGAUGACAUCAGCGAUUCCGACUGGGAUGACACGGAUGACGAGGAGGAUAAAGAGGGCAAGGCGGAGAAGGAGGAAGAGGAGGAAGAGGAGGGUCCACCAGCACUGGAGGAAGCUAAACCCGUGCCUCUAGACAAAUAGUGGAUGUGUUCUGUCCAAAGAGCUACUGCAGUCACUGGCGUGCACUUCUUUUUAGAACGGACGACAGGACAUUUCUGUACACUCAGGCACUGACGCUAAAGACCGUUUACUCAGUUUUGUAUUUCUAGAGCUAGUUUAGGAAAAUAAGAACAUUAUCAUUUUGUGUUCAAAGAGGACAGAGAAGUCUUAAAUCACUGCAAAACAUUAAUAAUUAAAUCAUUUUGAAUAUUACCAGUAGGCUGUUGCAAUAUGUGUAAAAAAUUAAAUAAAUAAACAAUUUAAACAAAUGUCAUCCAUAAUGAAUUCUGGUGAGAAAUGUCAACAGAGUGAUGAUGAAAUCGGAGAGCUGCAUCGUCUAAGGUAAUUAUAACGAAGAAGAAUGUCACACCAAGCAAACAGCAUUGGUCACACUUUAUUUUUGCUUCAAAUUAACAGCAACAAUCCUGAAAUUGAGGUGUUAGCAGCCAAAGGACGGACCUUGAGUCUUGGAAGCUGGACUGCAACCCACAUGGCAAAAAAACAUUUAAAUUAUUUAAAAAGAUAAUUAACAAACUGUAAGAGUCAACAUUAAACAGUACGCAAUAUUCUUGCCAAUACUGUAAAAUGGAUAAUAAAAAAAGAUUUUUGAUGCCUCCUUUUAAAAAAUGAAAUGAGACAUUUUUUUUAGGGUCACAAACCCUAGUCUUUUCAAUUAUACCUUGCUAACAUCAUCAACAGACUGACAGCACGAGUGGCAAGAUUUAGGUACUGGUGAACAUCUUCAGGAUGUGUGCAGACAGGUAACCCUGCUUCUGGGAUUGCGGUGUUUAAGUGGCCGUCUUCAAGUUGCACUCAAAUCAUGUGUACAUAAUUUUUUUUGCUAUUCAAGAAAUACUGUUACACUUUGGCUCACAAAUAUCAAUGGAAGAAUAUGUGUAUUUAUUCUUCCUUUAUUUGGAAAACUUAUAUUGUACCAUUUAAAUUGCAUCCAAAGAGAAGCUUUCAGUCCUUGGGUAAACAGCACACACCAGGACGUUAGGUGACACUUGGGUAAGGGUUAAUUCUUCGGUUACUACAGGAAUGGAAUCAGUUUUCACACAUGGAUUAGGCAAUAAGCAAAUGUGAAUAUCUUAUGUGUGAACAUGAGAUUCAACCCUACAGAGGGAGACACCGGUACAUCGUUCUUCAACUCAGACAAUAUAUUAGUUUUUUUUAAUUAUAUGUCUUAUUAGAUAUGCCAUAAAUAGAGAUACAUUGUUCAUAAUAUGACUAAAAACACCUCAGAAGGAAAUUUACAUGAGUUUCAAGUUUGCGUUUUAAAGACUGCUUGUUUCCUUUCUAAAGUGCAACGCAAUAAAUUACCUUUUGAAAUGUACGACACUGAGUCCCCCACCCCCAGUAAGACGUCUCAGAAAUAAAAAAGAUAAUAACAAACAAACAAACAAAAAACAACAACAAAAGAAAAACCUAAACAAAAAUCAGCUCACUGUAACCACUGCGAUUUGUUGAUGAACUUGGCAGAACUUUACACCACUGAAGCUUCUAGAACGGCUCACCCAGCACGAGUGAUACAACAGCACGACUUAGCUGACAAUCACAGACCAAAAGGAUAAAAAAGGUUAUUGUGCUCAGGGACUGUAGACUUGCAGAGCAUGCGCAAAGCAUCC